UUGUUCAGUGCUAUCCCACACACAACCGCGAGGGGGCGUCUGUCACGUUGGUGGCAUGGAGAAGGUUGACCACACAGAAGAAGAAUAGACCUUCCUGUUAGAUGCUAAGGGAAGCGUGUCAAGUCAUUUCUACACCACAGGGUGGUGACAGGAAGCAGCUUAAUCAGCGGGAAUGGCGGCGCGACGUCCGGCAGGCUGUAUGUCACAGCAUUGAUCAGAAGGUGGAGGAUGAGUGAAGAACGAUGAAGGAAGAGCGCUUCGUCUUCUGGCUGGUAGCUAUCAGGUCGUGGGACGUUCAUGUAACCAUUUAUCUGAUCGCUCUGCUUCUCUGACUAAAAUAAUCCCCAGACAAACUUCAGAGGAAAUGUUUGAGCCACAAGACGUGCAGGCAGUACCUGAAGUACGGACUGUGGAUCAUCAGCAUGGCGCGGAGGUGGUGGGCUCUGCUCGCCGUCGUCUACCUGUCCAGCCUGCAGGCGGCCGCUCGGCACCACAGGAAAGCUCUGUAUCCGUCUGCGUUCUUGAUUAAGCGAGGGGCGUACUCCCUGAUCAAUCCCACCUUCCUGCACUCAGAGGAGGACGCCAAGCUGCUGUUUGAGGUUCUUCUCGCCGGAAUGCAGAUCCAAGGCGAAGAGCGCCCCCUGCUGAUCCCAGACGAGGAGCUGGCCUCCCUGAGAAGCGUGAAAACACUGGAAGUCAUCUGCGAGGACGUGCUGCCGAAGAAGCUCUCCGACAUCCGCCGCCUGAUGGCGAAGCUGGCCCAGCGGCGGCGCCCGCUCGGCUGGCAGGACUUCGAGAGAACGGUGCUGACUUUAGUCUACAGCUCACAGAUCCUCGGUCAGAUCAGCAACCAGCACCAGAAGGAGCUGUGGAUGGAGACACUGGUGCAACUGGUCCGAGCUGUUCAACGAGACCUCACACCGUCCUGAGGAAGACUGAGCUGCAGCUGCUAGACUUUGUGGUUCUGUUAGUUUAACACAACAGCUAAUCAGGGACAAUGGGGAUGGAAAAAGAAGAAAGAAAUUUCUGCCAAAAAUCUCAGAAAUGUCCAAGAAGAAACGAGGACAUUUCUAAAACACUAAAGUCGAAUAUUUUAACUUUAAUGGCUGCAGCAGUUUGACCUUUGCCCUGCCUGUUUGAUGUCUUCAAAUAACUUUCGGUGUUUUUCUCUGUCUAGAAACGAUUCCUCAGCUCAUUUAAACGACUCCCAAAAGCUAUUUUACAUAAAAAGCGAACAGAUUCUCAGCGCAUCAAUAUCCUUGAUUGCUCAUUUAAGGAAACGAAGAAACGUCUGAUGAAUGCUUGCUUCAAAGGGCCCAAUUUUUCCCCACUUAAUGGCGGGAAAGAGAUUUCGUGUAAUAAGGUUUUUGUGGAUUACUUAUUUCAGAGUUGAUGGAGGGUAGUUAUGGAUCUGUUGAGUGGUUUUCUCUCCUUCAUGGAAUUAGUUUUGCUUUUGCUUUCACUUUUAUUUGUUUUAUGCUUUUGCAACAAUUUUCAGGUUUCUUUUUUCAAGAGUAGACCCUCUAAGCUGUGGCAAACCCAGUGAAGAAAAACGGAAAGGAAAACAUUUAAUUCAGGAUUUACCUUAUAGAAAUAUAAAGACCUGCACCAGGAAGUCCUCAAAGUUUAAUCUUCAACCAGAAUUACUCCAGAAGUUGUUUCUGACAAACAAAAGCAUGCAAGUCAAGUUGCGUCAAAUCAAAUAUUUUCCAGUCUGUAUGUAUAAUUUUGACCCUGUGGGAAGUAUUAAAAAUCUGUAAAAAAAUGUAAAUUGCUGCUCAAACGUUUGCAUUUUCUUUUAAGAUCCUCAUUGUUGCCUUUCCACAAUGAAACAGUUAAAAAAACAACAAUUUAAUGGGAAUCACAAGCCAACUUUUUAUCUAUGGUAUUUUGUCAUAGGUUUGAAUAUCAGUCACUAGUUUUCUGCUGAAGAGAUCAAACCGUUUUGGUUCUGAUGCAGAUUUAAAAAAAAUAUAUAUUAUUAUUAUUAUUAUUUCAUAUUUACAUGAGUUAUUUGGUGAAGAACGUAACUCCGAGUCAUUUAUCCACUUACAGGAUAAAAAGGUGAAAUGUAUCCAGAACAGAACCCGGAUGUAACUCCGCUGAUGUUCGUGUUAAGUGAGCGCCACCAAGCGGCUGCAUGCGGAAGUGCCGCUUUUCCAACAGCUGACGUUUUACACUGCGGUCAUUUCUGUUUUAUACCAACUAGAGAAAUUAAACUAAAAUUAUAAAUAUCAAUAUUAGCAUUUACUAUUUACCGAAAUGUGUUUUGCAAGUUAAAAUUUGACGUCAAAAUUUUAACAUGUUGCUCAAAUAUAUCACUUAAUGAAAUUUAUGAAUUUUCAAACAAGAACAAUCUUUUUUUAAUGCUGUCUUUUUAUUGUGAUCGAGAAUAAAACAGAAAUGUCAAGUGAUUUGUCUUUGCUAAUUAAAUGGUUUACUUUGUUAAAUUAGCAUUAAACAUUUUUACAUUAAUCCUGGACUGUAUGCAGCUUCUUGCAGGAAACAAAUGGCAGAUUUAUGGAAAUGUACCAAAUUUCUGAUUUAUAUUGUAUGUUGUUAUGGAAACAUGUCGAAGCGUUCAGAAAAUAAAACAAUGCUUUUGCUUUUCAC